CAUGGACGUUCUUGAAGACUGUCUAGAUGAAGUUGCGCUUGAAGGGCUUGAUGGUAUCACCAUCCCUGCCUUGUGGUUACGGCUGGAAAAAAGAAAGCCAAGUAUGCGCAUGAGUUUGGACGACUUCACCAAGCCCUUUAUUUGGGAAUGUCUGGCCACAAGUGCAGAGAUUCAGUUUUAUGAACUCCCAGAGCCACGCCCACCUCUCGUUAUCAACGACCAGGUUUUGAGGGAUGAGGAGACGGGGUAUUACAUCAGAACUGAGGAGUCAGGAACUUCAGACAUUUACCCCAUUGCCAUGGUAACAGAGUCCACUCUUGGAGAAAGGGGUUCCUGUGCAACCUACAAGGAACGAAGGGACAUAACAGGGGAGAUUCGAGCCGAAGAUGGGGAACUACAAUGUACACUAGCUGAUGCAGUGGAAAGGUGGAACAGUAAGUUGGUGAUGGUGGCGUCCCAGCCCCUCCGUCAGCAGGCGCUGUUUCACGCAGACGUCCUCCCCGAUGCGGAGCUGACAGAUAUCCAGUACUGUAUCCUGGAGCGGCUGGGCAGGGCCAGACAGAAGGGUGAGGUGCAGCAGGACAUCAAGGUGGCGUUUGAUGCCAACUCCAAGUACCUGUUCCACGUCAGGAAGGCUCUACUGAAGUAUGACCUCAUCACCAGACAGAACUUUGCAUACACCACAACAGAAAACCCUCGGCUGAAGAACUCGGUGUUACUUCUGCUGAAACGCUUCCACACGGUACGCAAGUCCAAAAACAUGGUCCUGAUGGACUCGCUCAUGGGCGUCUUACAGAACAAGCCAGACAAGAUGGCCGUCGCUAAUGAUGUCAAGGAUGAGAUGGAGUUGCCUUCCAACACCUUUAAGAAGAUUUACCAAGCCUUGGAGCUCCAGGGUAAGAUCAAGGGAAUCUUCGUGCCUACCAAAGAGAUCUACCCAGAUCCCGACCAUCCCAAGCUGCUGAACAACAAAAGAAUCAGAAAGGUCAUCCUUUGUCUUAAACUCAUCAGGACAGGGGAUGAAGAUGAGGAAGAGGAUGAGGAAGACAAUGGUGACCAAGAGCAGACCCCGUACCCCGUCGUGUUUGAGCGGCCAUUCCUUAACCAGGCAUAUGACUUCAUGUACAGCAGGGGACCCCUUGGGAUCACUCAAAAUGACAUGCGGCUGGCCAUGAGAAUGGGGAGGUAUGAAGCCCGAGCGCUGUGUCGCAGCAUGAGAUGGUCCGGGCUGGCAGUGGAGAUUAUGGAAGACAAGGGCAAGGUCAGGACUACAAGAUAUGUAGCCAAGAGCCUAAUGGAUCAGAACCAACUCAAACAACAAUUAGAGGAGGAACAGUUGAAGAAUGACCGACUCAUGCAGAGAGACAGCAAACAAGAGGACAAAACAGGCCAUCCGAGCUAAUGAGGAAAAGGAAGGGUUUUGUGGCCUGCUGGACAAGAAAAGUGUCUUAAGACUUCUUCAAGACAUGAUCACCCAGGGACAAGUAAAGGUUAUCAAGACGAUUAUUGUCCAGGAUGGCAUUGAAAAACCGGUGGUGUUCUAUGUGGAACCCAACAUUUCCCCUACUGAUGGGAUGGUUAAGAGUGCCAUUGAGCAGAUCAAGUUCAAGAUGGUCAAAUCAAAGGAACCCGAGAAAAAGGAGAAGGAGAACGAGCCAAAGCACACCAUAAAUCUCGAGGCAGACCUGCAGAAGAGUGAAGAAAAUAUAUCAUAUAAACCCAUCAGAAAAGUUGUUGGUGUCUACAACUUCCAGCCCAAAUUUGCUCGCCUAAAGUUGGCUCACCAGUUCCUGUGGUACUUAGUGUAUGUGCACAGGAGUCCCCUUCCAUCAGAUUCUAGUGCUGCAGUUACACAGUCCCAGGAUAAAACAACAACAACAACAUUUGAACAGGCUCACAACCCUGUAACUGGAGAGGUAGUUAGUAAGGAGGCAGAUGUAAUGAGAGUGUCACGAGAAGACUCGACUGAUGACCAAGAAAAUGUGGCACCAAAAGAAUCAAGUAAAGAUCAUUCAAAAGAUGGUAAUCCAACCAGUCAAUCAGAUCUCACAGCUAGCAUGAACUCAGUACAAAACCAAGUGUACAUAGAUGAGUUGUCGUGGAGGAGGUUCAUCCCUCCCAUCCCUGUACAUGGGAACUAUGGCCCUGGCUGGUUCCUGGUCAGUGAUGUCCUGUGUGCCAUCCCACUCAACCUGUUCUGUCAGAUUAUCAAGGUCAUCUGUGAGGUGGAUUCUAUAGGGGACUACUUGAAUGACCCAGAGAAGCAGCACACACUUGUAAGACACCUUCCAAAUAGGAUGAGGCACCAGCUACUAUACAAGAGGAAAUACCUGUACUCAUUCCAUGAGCUAGUGGAGCGACUUUCUGCUAUGGGCCUGGCGAAGAUUGGACCUCGUGGACACAAAGAAAAGGAUCAGAUAUUCAUAUAUCUGAACAAGAAUGCCAGUAUAGUAGACACCACCACCUCCAGCCCUGGCUACUUCAUUGUAAAGAGUGACACAGACUUUGUAACCAGGAGAUUCAAGUUUGAGUCAGAGAGGGAUGUGGAGUCCUACUGGUGUGCCCUGGAGUAUAUCUGCCUCAACACACCAUUGGGUUCCAAUAGGCUGAAAGAACCGUCUGCUCCGCGGGGGCAUUCGGGGUUAGAGACGAUGAAGUCCCGUGCCAAACUCCUGCAGUUUGCAAACCCAGAAGAAGAAAUCGUUGAUAACGGUUCGAUCCCCGGUGAUGGGAUGGGUGCAGGGGGGUUGGACUCAGUGUUCUUCAGUCACUUAAAGAGAAACUGGAAGCUGCCUCCCCUGAGCCAAGGCCCUGAGUACCCAGGCCAGUACGGCAACCCGUCGGCAUUCACAUCGUCUGCAGGGUACGGCAGUCCCAGAAAACCCAGGAGACUUCCCAAGCAGGUCUACUUCAUCAAGAUGCCGUUCAAGAGUCCCGAGAGAAAGGCCCAGUCAUCCAGUGCAGAUGCGCAUUCACCUAGAAAAGGCAAACAGCAGCUGGUUAAGGUGACAAAAGUCCAAGAUUUCACCAAGGACAGAAACAAGAAGGUCAAGGGAGGCAAAGGGCUGAAAAGGAAGAGGGAGAAGAAACCAGAAGCACCCAAGCCAACUAAAGCUAGGAAGAGAAAAGCUUCUAUGUCAGAUGGACCACCAAGGAAGAAAGGUACAUACCAGAGGAUCCAUGACACCAGAGACAAGGCUGCCCUGAGCAGGAUGAAGAAACAGAGAGUGUCCUGGACAUCACAGGAGGAUACCUUGAUCCUCCGAUGCAGAGUGGCCUCAGCACUGCUGAACAAGAAGGUCCAACAGUCGUUUGUUCCAUGGGUGGUGGUGAGAGACCUUCUCCAUGAAUCCUUCCAGGCCUCUGAAGACAAGACAACUUUGUCUGUUGCCCGUCGGUCAACCUACAUCAUGAAGAACUCACAGACGGCCUUGAACUUCAAGAUCGGUCUGGCAGAGGUGCAUCAAGACAAGGAGUUCAUGUCAUGGAUCAGCUCUAUGAAGGGGGACUACACAGACCCAGCAGUGUGUGCAGAAGAGUACAGGACCGUGGUGGAAAAGCUGCAGGACAAGUUCAGGGCCAUGCCUGGAGCCCUGUAUGAUGAGUUACCAGACACCAUGGAGGAGCUGCUGUCCAAGUAUCAGAUCAUGACAGUGGGCCAUCCUCACCACCACCCACAGAGAACCAUCGCCAGUAUAGAAGACAUACACCUACAAGUACUCCGCAACUUUAUCUGGAACUGCCUGGGUGCAUCAGAAAGUGACAAGACCAAGUUUGCUUUCCUGGCCUACAAACUGUUCAACAAGUACCCCAGCAUGUUGUUGGAGAGGGCCUUCCUGUCCAUGAAGAAACAGGGCCUGGUCAACCAGAGCAAAGGGCUGACACCUAAGUCCAAGGUCCGGGCUGUCCCCAUGGCUGCGAUAGGAUACAAGCUGUCAGCAAUAGCUGAGCGCCACUUCCAGCCAGGCAUGCCCACCAGUGUGUUCCCCCAGGCCCAGGAGUUCCUGACCAGACUGAGGCAGGACAGAGCCCUGGGGGCCGAGGGGCAGGGGGUGGAGUACCCCAGCGAGGGGGCAGGGGGACAUACGGCCUGCGUUUUCACACUCAUGGCUACAAAUCAGCUGUCGUACACAGUGGACAUCCCAAAGAACAUUGUUGUGGUCGACAGCUCAAUGGAGACCCCUGUGGAGGCAGCCAAGAAGGCUGGCAGGAAGGAAGGGUCAGAUUCAGAGGGAGACACAGAAAACCUAGGCACAGGUCCAUCCAAGCCACCCACCACUCCAGGUUUCCCACCACCUCCUCAGGUAUCACGCACCAAGGUCCUGGCGGCUCGAAGCGGUGGCGCUGCGCCGGGCGUUCUCAGUCUGAGAAACCUGGAACCCACGGACAACAUCGUUAUCAACUCCUGUAUCGUCACCCUGAAGCUGCCACGCAGGCUGUUCGACAGUGAGGAGCAGUCACCAAGCCAUGAGGAUCAGCUCCAGAUCAGCAACCCGCCCAAGUUCCUGCUGACUGAGAGUGGAGAGGACCCUGCCAACAUCGCCCUCCCCUGGCCACAGUUUGCCUCCAUCUGUAGACAGGAGUUCCAGUACUCAGAUCCUGACAUACAGAGAGUCAAGGAUAUAUAUGACUACAUCGAGGUUGGAGAGGGAUUGGGGGUCAAUCUCAAAGACCUGCAGUCCAUGUUUCAGAAUGCCGUAGAAAAAGGGUCCAAGGUUCAGUACUGAUGACCAUAUCCAUAUGCUGCUCAGAUUUGGAAUGUGCCUAGAAGUUGGCAUCCAUGAGCCACGACUUGUCACAGCAGAGCAUUGUGGGCCGUGGUACAUGCACUCCUCGAGGUUGGUGUCCAUGGCAACCAGCGCACAGACGGAUGCCACGAUGUCACGGCCGGGAACAUCAACGGACGUUUCAGAAACAGUUCCACAGUCAGCUAC